AUGAAGGAACUACUCUCCGGCGGCUUGUUCUGGACGUUGGUCGGUCCCUUGAGACAAUCAUGGAUACGUUUGGGAAAAAGAAUCGAUGAGGCCUGUGAGGGUACUUCUCCGAGAAUUCUCGUAGCAUUUUGGCUAUUUGGUCUGGUGAAUAAUGUUUCUUGCACGAUAAUAAUCUCGGCAGCCCUCGACCUCGUUGGUCCCUCGAUUCCGAAGAGCAUCGUUCUUUUCGCUAGCAUUCUUCCAGCCUUCUUCGUCAAACUCCUUGCUCCUUAUUUUAUUUUUCGGGUCCCUUACUCUCUUCGCAUAUUUCUCAUGUGGCUGGCCUCGACUCUCGGCAUGUUAUCGAUUGCUCUCACCCCACCUGUGGGCGAGAGGGACGGGGCGCUCAUAGCGAAACUAGCCGGGGUCGUUCUAGCCUCGCUUUCUAACGGACUUGGAGAAAUGAGCCUUCUGGCACUAACACAUUAUUAUGGGUCUUUUUCACUUGCCGCAUGGAGCAGUGGGACUGGUGCUGCCGGGCUCAUUGGAGCUGGCUUAUACGUCAUGCUAACCAGUACCUUUGGAAUUACUGCGAAGAGAUCGUUGCUCGUGAGUGCAACACUACCGUUUUUGAUGCCACUUGCCUACUUUCUAGUCUUGCCUCGAGAUCUAAAGAUUUUUGGUUACACCGCACUACCACAAAACCCUAUUGAACAAGAAGACCUCCGUAGGUGGGAAGACGGGCACCAAGUCAAUGAUCUAACAUCUGCUGCGGAUUUCAAUAUCAACUCAAGCUCCACGAACCUACGCAAAAGCAUCAAGAUAAACCUACGUCGCCUAAAGUCGCUAUUCAUUCCCUACAUGAUCCCUUUGUUUUUAGUGUACAUGUCCGAAUACUUAAUAAAUCAAGGGCUCACACCCAUAUUACUUUUUCCACUUGAUAAAGCGCCCUUCAAGACGUUUCGCUCCUUCUAUCCUACUUAUGCUUUCAUUUACCAAUUAGGUGCGUUUAUCUCACGUUCCUCGUCGCCUUUUUUGACCAUACAUUCUCUGUAUACACCUUCUUUAUUACAGGUUCUGAAUCUGUUGCUUCUCACCCUGCACGCCAUGUAUUUCUUUUUACCGAGUAUCUAUAUUGUUUUCUGUGUAAUUUUCUGGGAGGGCUUGCUUGGUGGCGUUGUAUAUAUCAACACAUUUUCUGCUAUUACGAGAAAUAAGCAGGGCGAAGACAGAGAAUGGAGCUUGGGCGCUGCGAGCGUGAGUGAUAGUGCCGGUAUCGUAAUUGCGAGCCUCUUGGGUAUGGUUAUGGAACCAUGGCUUUGUCAAUUGAACGUGCGCAAUGGGAGACCCUGGUGUCAGGAAGCUAUAGUUACUUAA